CCAUAAGAAAUAAAAGAAGUAAACUUUGGAUUUGAUGGUUUGCCCUCUGUUGUUUGUUUAGCUGCUCACCAAACCAAUCAUCCAACCUAAUAUCAACUCAGCAAUGCUGUGAUUAAUUAAUUGGUUUUCUUGGCAUUGAAAGAAUGCCACAUGAUGUUUGGGCCCAUGUCCAUGGAAAGAUGACAUAUGGACAUUGGUGCUUGUGUGGGGAGUCAUGUUUUAGUGGAGAGUCAUGGGCCUGUCCCAUCAAGAGAAAAAGGGAGACUAAAUAUUAUCAUGUAUUAAUUAUUGACAAAAGUUACAUCAUUAAUUUAUUCAGUAUCUUUUCAUAAAACCUAAGAUAAAUACCCACUCUGUUUCUCUCUGUUUUUCUUCAUUCAUGAACAUUUUUUUUUCCACAAUUGGUUCUUAGAGUGAAAAAUUUUCUUGUGGGUUUUGCAAUUCAGAGGUUGAAGAUUGAUGGGUUUUCCUCAGAAUCCUGCAAGCCCUCCUCACUUCUACCCUCAGGCACUGCAGCUGAAACUCUAUCAGGCCUUCAUAUUCUCAAUCCCAAUCCUUUUUUCCAUAAUUUUGUUCCUGCUGUUCUACUUGUUCUACCUCAAGAGAAGGACUUCUACUGCUAUCCCCUCCUCCCAAUUACCACCACAGACCCUCGUCACCUUGAACCAAGACAGCUCAUUUGUCCCUUUGCCUCGUGAGGUAGGCUUGAAGGGUGACCUCAAAGACAAACUCCCAAUUGUCUUAUUUGAUGAAGAUCUGAGGGCAAAGGACUCACAAUGCAGUGUGUGCUUGAAAGAAUUUGAGAUGAAGGAGGAGCUACACCAGCUGCCCUCAUGCAAGCAUGUGUUCCACAUUGACUGUAUCCAUCAUUGGCUCCACUCCAACUCCACUUGCCCCCUCUGCAGAUCUCUGGUCAUUCCCCACCCCACAACCAAACACGAGCAAAUUAGAGAACAAGAAGCAAUAGUUGAUCAUCAUCAAGUAAGAUCAUUGAGUUCUACCACUAAUUUUACUGGAAGUGAUGAACAGAACACUAUUCAAAUUGGUCACCAAGGAUCAAUAUCCAGUUUAAGGGAGAGUCCUGCAGGAAGAAUGGGGGAUGAAUUGGGUUGUCCGGAUCGAGAAUCAGUUGUUCUCCACAUCCAAACACAUACUUCUUCGUAAGCCUACUACCAUAACAGUCUCGAUCCAACUCCAAUGAGAUAUUGUUUGUUUGUUUUGGCCUAUUAGGCCUCACAAUUUUGACCCACCCCAAACAAAUGCCUCACAAGGUCGAGACUUGAGACCUAACCACAAAACCUCUUAGUAUACAUCCGAUGUGGAAUCGUGACCUAGUUAUAGAGCAACUACUUUCAUUUCGCACAUGAAUGGGUUGGAGUGAUUGGGCUUCUUCUUCUUCCUCUUCUUCUUUCUUCUUUUUAAAUGUUUGGAUGAAAUUGUGAGAUUUUCAGUUUCUUUUCAUUUCCUUAC